ACUCGACAUGGCCGCCUUCCGCCUUGGCCCCGGCUGGUGAAUUGGCUCUCUCGGCUCCCGUUGCCCUCCCCCGCUCGACCUCUUGCCCGGAGUAGCCAUGGCGGCCAUGAGCUUGCUGCAGCGGGCUUCGGUCACCGCGCUGGCGGCGCUGGCUGGCCGCCGCCUGGGCACGCGGCUCGGACCCGGGGGCUUCCUCACGCGCGGCUUCCCGAAGGCUGUCGCUCCUGUGAGACACAGUGGAGACCAUGGGAAAAGACUGUUUGUUAUCAAACCUUCUGGAUUCUAUGACAAGCGUUUUUUGAAUUUACUGAAAUUCUACAUUUGUUUGACUGGGAUUCCAGUAGUAAUUGGCAUAACUCUGGUGAAUGUGUUCAUUGGUGAAGCUGAGUUAGCAGAAAUUCCAGAAGGCUAUAUCCCAGAACACUGGGAAUAUUACAAGCAUCCUAUAUCAAGAUGGAUUGCCCGAACUUUCUAUGAUAGUCCUGAAAAGAAUUAUGAGCGAACAAUGGCUAUCCUUCACAUUGAAGCUGAAAAGGCUGAAUUACGGUUAAAGGAGAUGGAAGUACGAAGAUUAAUGCGUUCGAGAGGUGAUGGUCCCUGGUUUCAGGAACCAACAAUUGAUAAGGGGCUUAUUGAUCAUUCUCCCAAAACACAUCCCGACGCCUAAUUUUUUAUAUCUCUAAAUACAAAGUUCAUUCUCUUUAUGGAAAAAUGAAGUAAUACAUAUAUUUCGUGCUUUUGCUCAGAGUGAUGAAUAAAAAACCCUCUUCCAUUGCUUUA